AUGGCUGUCACCGCUUCCAUGUCCGCUACUGUCAAGUCUGUUCUCUCCGCAGAUACAGUAAGUUCUCCAUCAACGUGGUCCAGAUUGCUCGCGUGACCUCGAGACCGCCUUCGCUGACGUCGUAGAGUGCCGCCUUCCUCCCCUCCGUACAGCUCGUGUUGAGGAGCAAAGUUCUGUCGCCCAAUAGCCUACCUCGUGAACGUGUGGUCCAUCUCGAUGACGGCCUCACGGCACCGCGAGUAGGCAACAGGGACCGCGAGGACGAGGUCAGUACUCUCCUUCGCUAUCCCCCUCACCUUCAAAGGGCGACGAGCUUUAAACAUGGUUCUCGUGGAUCCAUUUCGGUUCGAUUGAGUCUCAAUCCCAUAGUCGAUUGAAUCUUCAAGGUAUGACAGAUGCUGACUGGGACUACCCCUCCGAAAUGCACCGCGUCCGCGCCCAAUUGCGCCACGUCAACGCUCACGAUGACGACUGAUCGAUGGCUCGCACCGCUCACCGCUUAGCCCUGGGCGUUCGAUGCUCGCGAGUACCUUCGUGCGCUCUUGGUCGGCAAGACGGUCAACUUCCAAAUCACCCGCACCAUCUCCACGACAACGCCUCCGCUCGAGUUUGCGCGUGUCUUCUUCACCCAGCCUGACGGCGAGCAGCUCGAUGUUGGUCUCGCCGUCGUCAAGGCUGGUUGGGCCAAGCUGCGCGACUCGCCCAAGGGAGCUGCCGACGGUGACGAGGAUCCUCGUCGUGCCGAGUUUGUUCAGGCCGAGGAGGAGGCCAAAGUCAUGGCGCGUGGUAUGUGGGCAACGAGCGGCCCCCCCGAGCAACACGUCAAUUUCUCCAUGCCCGAGGACCCGUCCACUUUCCUCGCUCAGUAUAAGGGCCAGCCUCUCGACGCCAUCAUCGAGGCCGUCCCUAACGGUUCAACUGUCCGGGCUCGGUUGCUACUUUCCCCGACUCACCACCAGGUCGUCGGUGUUGGACUCGCCGGCGUUCGUGCCCCACGUGCCGGCAACUUGUCCUCUGCCGAGAGUUCCGCGCCCACGGGCGAGGAAUUCGGCGAUGAGGCCCGCUUCUUCGUCGAAACCCGGCUUUUGCAACGCAUGAUCACGAUCACGCUGCUGUCCCUCCCCACACCCGCCGUCGCUCCUUCGGCCUUCAACUCGUUGGGCCCUGCCGCUACGCCCGCUCCGGCGACCAUGUUCAUCGGUACGGUCGCCCACCCCGCAGGCAACAUCGCCGCGUUGCUCAUCGCGACGGGGUUGGCCCGCAUCGUUGACUGGCACGCCGGGUUCUUAUCGCAAUCGCCAACGCCCGGUAUGAUGGCCGAGUUGCGGAAAGCCGAAGCCGAGGCCAAGGGCGCUCGACGUGGGGUGUGGAAGUCCCUGCCCGCAGCGACACCGACCGCUGCGGCUCAGGCGGCUCAGCAUGAGAAGGAGCGCAAGUUUGAAGGUGUCGUCACUCGUGUCUGGGGCGCCGAUAUGCUCUCCAUCGUUAAGACAGGCGAGACGAAGGAGCGCCGCAUCCAACUCGCAUCGGUUCGACAGCCCAAGCUUAACGACCCCAAAGUCGGUGGUCUGCAAGCCGAGGGCAAAGAGCUGAUGCGCAAGAAGCUGAUCGGCAAAUCCGUCAACGUCAACAUCGACUACGUCAAGCCCGCCGAGGGCGACUACGAGGCUCGAGAGUGCGCCACGAUCCGCGUCGCAGGUGGCGCCAACGUUGCCGAAAUUCUGGUUGAGAAGGGUUUGCUCCACGUCAUCCGACACCGACAAGGCGACGAGCAGCGAUCGUCGGACUAUGAUAAGCUGUUGGCCGCCGAGGCCAAGGCUUUGGCCGAGACAAAGGGUGUGCACUCGGGCAAGGAAUACCCCGUCGGUCGCAUUAUCGACGCCUCCGAAUCUGCGCAGAAGGCUGCACCUUUCCUCUCGUCAUUCAAGCGACAAGGCAGAGCCGCUGGUGUCGUCGACUACGUCGCUGCCGGUUCGAGAUUCAAGGUCUUUAUCCCCAAGCAGGAUAUCAAGCUCACGCUCGUCCUCUCCGGUAUCCGUGCGCCCCGAACAGCACGAAACGCUUCCGAGAAGUCGGAGCCGUUUGGUGCCGAGGCAGCUCAGUUUGCUGGGAGAAAGUGCAUGCAAAAGGACGUCGAGAUAUUGAUCGAUUCGGCUGACAAGAGUGGUGGUUUCAUUGGCAAGGUCAGUACGGCCGGGCGCGGUUUUCUAUAUUUAUAUUUCGCGAUGAGAGGUGUCGAAUACUGACAUAGCGGGUGUCUCUUUAGAUGUUCUUGGGCAAGGAUGACUUUGCUGUCUUACUCGUCAAGGAGGGCCUGGCCCGAGUCGACGAAUACGCCGCUGAGAAGGGCGCCAAGGACCUCGUCGAAGCUCAGGACGAAGCCAAGCGGAACAAGAAGGGGAUCUGGUCCAACUACGACGCCGCCGCCGACGCCGCUGAUGCUGCUGUCGCCUCCUCCGAACCCGCCGUCGCUCGUCGAGAAUACGUCGACGUCGUCGUUUCCGACGUCCGAGGAAGCGCCGACUCGCCCUUCUCUUUCGCCGUCCAAGUCCUCGGCUCGAACGGCUCGAUCCCCGAACUCGAACGCCUCAUGUCCGAAUUGACCGUCUUCCACGAAGGAACGUCGGGCGACCCCACGCCUGCCAACUUCUUGCCGCGCAAUAACGAUCUCGUUUCAGCCAAGUUCUCGCAAGACGAUGUUUGGUACCGCGCACGAAUUCGCCGAGCGAACCCGGCCAAAAAGGAGGCCGAAGUGCUUUAUGUCGAUUGUGAGCGACUGUUACGAAUGCUUUAGAAGUAGUACCAACUGACAUCCGCUUUUUGUAUUGCGUACAGACGGCAACUCGGAAACGAUCCCUUAUUCACGCCUCCGACCCCUCGCGGCGCAGUUCAAAUCCCUGGAAUCGCAGGCGAAGGAUGCGACGCUCUCCUUUGUCACCCUUUUGGACCACUCGACCGAAUACGGCCUCGAAGCCCAAGACCGUUUCCGGGACUUGUGCGAAGGCCGGCAACUCGUUGCCAACGUCGACGCUCGUGAUCCCGGUCUCUUGCACCUCUCCUUGUUCGACCCUAAUGACCCUGAAUCGGCCAAGGGUCAUGAAGCUAGCAUUAACGUCCAACUCGUGAGGGAAGGCUACGCCAGGGUCGAUCAGAAGAGUCGCUUCAGGCAGGCGUACCCUCAAGUCGUCAAGGCGCUCGAGAGGGCCACCGAACAAGCCAAGAGGGACCGUGCCGGUGCCUACGAGCUCGGUGAUAUCUUCGAAGAUUGA